UGGUAGGUUGGGUGUGUGACCAAACACUACCUAAUGGCUUAGCUCUUAUUCCGGAUUAGGGUUAACUCUUUCACAAUCACACUCUUUCUCCAUAGGCGGCAACCAAACUCGCUCGGAGCAUUUACUCUCUCUUCCAACAAUUACAGUCAAAUGUAGUUAUACAAAAUUUUAAGGCAAGAGAAUGGUUGGCCAGAACAGUACGGGCAGUGAUCGUUCCAGGACAUAUUGGACACCAAUAAUGGAAAGAUACUUCAUUGAUCUAAUGUUAGAACAGAUGCAUAGAGGGGCCAGGAUUGGCCAUACUUUUAACAAGCAGGCGUGGACUGAAAUGCUCACCAUGUUCAAUGGGAAAUUUGGUUCUCAAUACGACAAGGAUGUUCUUAAAAGUCGAUAUACAAAUUUGUGGAAGCAAUUCAAUGAUGUAAAGAAUCUUCUGGGUCAGAAUGGAUUUUCUUGGGACGAAAGUCGUCAAAUGGUGGUGGCUGAUGAUUAUGUGUGGGAUGCUUACAUUAAGGCUCAUCCUGAUGCACGGUCUUAUAAAACUAAAGCAGUUCUGAACUUCAAUGAUUUGUGCCUGAUAUAUGGAUAUACAACUGCUGAUGGAAGAUAUAGUCGAUCAAGUCAUGACCUGGAUCUUGAUGAUGAAGUGCAAGGAGUAAAUAUAGGUGAUGGAAUAUACAAUCUUAUACCUUCUAGUAAUGAUCGACCAAGAACAGAUUGGACACUGGAAAUGGACCAGUAUUUCAUUGAGCUUAUGUUGGACCAAGUAGGAAGAGGCAAUAAGGUUGGUAAUGCAUUCAAUAAACUAGCAUGGACAGAUAUGCUUGCUUUAUUUAAUGCAAAAUUUGGUCCCCAACAUGGCAAAAGGGUUUUAAGGCAUCGACACAAAAAACUGUGGAAGUACUAUACUGACAUAAAAAUUCUUCUUCAACAAGAGGGAUUUUCUUGGGACAAAACACAACAAAUGGUAGCGGCUGAUGAUAAUGUUUGGGAUGCUUACACCAAGACAUACCCACAUUCGCGUACUUAUAGAACAAAGGCCCUACCAAACUUUUAUGAUAUGAUCCUUAUAUUUGGUAAUGACAUCGACCAUGGGUUGAACAAUUGUUCGCAUCAGAAGAGAAGCCUUGAAGAUGAUACAGUACGACUAAAAGCAGGUGAAGUAAAGGGGAACCAAGCCUCUAGUGUGGGUGAUCGUACUAGAACAUAUUGGACACCACCAAUGGACCGUUAUCUUAUUGAUUUGUUGCUAGACCAGGUGCAUAGUGGAAACAAACUAGGGCAAACAUUCAUAAGCCAGGCUUGGAUAGAUAUGGUCACAUCUUUCAAUGCUCAAUUUAAAUCUUGCCAUGACAAAGAAGUUCUGAAGAACAGAUACAAACAUUUGAAAAGGCAAUAUAAUGACAUAAAAAUACUUAUCGAGCACAAUGGAUUUUCUUGGGAUGAAUCACGGGAAAUGAUAUUAGCAGCAGAUCACAUCUGGGAUGCCUAUAUAAAGAGCCAUCCUGAUGCUCGAUGCUAUAGAGUCAAAACAAUACCAGGUUUCCACAAGUUGUGUGUUAUAUUUGGAGAAGAACAUUCUGAUGGAAGAUACAGCCGUUUGGCACGUGAUGCUGACCCAUUUUUUGAAUUACCCAUGUUGAUGUCUAGUGAUGAGAAAAGUGAUGUCUCUCCAAUGAAUUCUGUUCCUUCAAUUAUAGAUUGGACACCACCAGUGGACCGAUACUUGAUUGACCUUAUGUUAGAGCAGGUACAAAAAGGGAAUAAGAUUGAUCAUACACUCAACGAGCAAACAUGGGAUUAUAUGCUCAAUUCAUUUAAUGAAAGAUUUGGACUUCAAUGUGAUAAAUGUGUUCUUGAAGAUCGGUAUAUUUGGUUGAGAAAACGGUAUGAUGAUAUUUGCAAGCUUCUUAGUUGUAGUGGGUUUGGAUGGGAUGAAGCAAAUCAAACUGUAACUGCUGACAAUGAUGUUUGGGAGGCCUACAGUAAGGAAAACCCAGAUACUGUCUUAUAUAGAAACACAGGCUUAAGCAUUUACAGUGAUUUGAGCAAGAUUUAUCAAAGCAGAGUAUUUGAUGAAAGACUUGAUGUUAUGAAUACAGAAAAUAUCUCUGAUGAUCAGGGUGCAGAAACGGCAAGUGCAACUGGUCCUAGUAUCCUGGAAGCUGUGGUUGAUGGAGCUAGCAAUCUCCCAUUGUCAACUGAAGGGGUUAUUAUGUCUGAGAAACAAAAGAAACGGCAAACUUGGAGAUUGUUGGAUAGAGCCACUGGAAAUACUAGGAAAGUGCAGAAAACUAGUGAAAAUAAACUGGAGUCUCUUUCUGAGAUGGCAGACCUUGUUGCAGAGUUGGUGACCAAGACAGAAAACAAGAACUGUCAUUCCCUAGAAGUUGCAAUAGAUGCACUUCAGUCUAUACCUGAUUUGGAUGAUGAACUUCUUUUAGAUGCCUGUGAUCUGUUAGAAGAUGAGAGAAAAGCUAAAAUGUUCUUGGCACUUGAUGUUGCGCUGAGAAAGAAAUGGCUACUUCGAAAGCUUCGUCCAUAGUUGCUACCCUCCCUGGUUUGCCGAAACAGUUACAGAAUUUAGUGCAUUUUUCACUUCAUUUUUGUUUUGGUUGCAACCUGUUCAUGCCAGAGCUAGGAAGAGAAAAAAUUCAGUGGACUUUGUGGUGCUUUUUAUCAGAUAAAUGGUAAUAGGAUCCUGAUGGCUCCGUAUCACUUUUGGUUCCACA